AUGAGAACCUUCAACUAUUACUCCCUAUGUGCAGUGCAGAAAAACAGCAGUGAGGCAGAAGUGAACCCCAAAGCCUACCCACUGGCUGAUGCACAGCUCACCAAAACACUCCUGGAUCUCGUGCAGCAAUCCUGCAACUACAAGCAGCUACGCAAGGGAGCCAACGAAGCCACUAAGACACUGAACAGAGGAAUAGCAGAAUUCAUUGUGAUGGCUGCAGAUGCUGAGCCCUUGGAGAUCAUCCUCCAUCUCCCUCUUCUCUGCGAGGACAAGAACGUGCCCUACGUCUUUGUGCGCUCCAAGCAGGCCCUGGGCCGGGCAUGUGGUGUCUCCCGGCCCGUCAUUGCCUGCUCCAUCACUAUCAAGGAGGGGUCGCAGCUGAAGCCUCAGAUCCAGUCUGUGCAGCAAGCUAUAGAAAGACUGUUGGUCUAAAUGCCCAUGAGUUCAUGUGGAAUAGGACAAGCUGGAGUUGAGGGAAAUAAUAUUGAGCUGUAGUUGAUGCGGUAAUAGUUUUGAUACCAGUGUUUCAUUUCAAAAUGUUUUUUUUGUUUGUUUCUUUAAUAGUGACUUAAUUCUGAAAGCGUUUCUGCCUCU